AUGAUCAAUCUGCAGAGACAAUAUCCUGGACCCUGGUGUGCAAUUGGGGACUACAACAAUGUAGCUCAUGCCAAUGAUAGAAUGGGUGGUAAUAUGGUGGUGGAAGCUGAAUAUAAGGACUAUAAUGAUAUGCUGGGUAGUACAGGGCUCUGUGAGAUGGAUAGCAGAGGAAGUCACUUCACAUGGAGCAAUAAACAAAGUGCAAACCCUAUCUACUCCAGAAUUGAUAGGCUUACAGCUAACACUGAAUGGUUUCAGGAUAAUGGUAGCCUUAUUCUGAAUGUUUUGAAUCCCCGCAUCUCUGAUCAUGCAGCAUUACAUCUUAAUGAUCCUGGCAUUAAUAAAAUGAGGAAAAGGCCUUUCAGAUUUACUAAUAGCUAG